GUCAAGUGUCAAUCUGUUGAGACUUGUUUGGGAAUUUGAGGAAGGAGGGGAGGCAGGGGGAGAACCGGGAAGAGGGAGGCGUAGCGAGGGAAAACAGUAAGCAGCAGCAGCAGCGGCAGCAGCAGCGGCGGCAGUAGGAGCAGGAGCAGGAGCAGGAGCAGGAGCAGGAGCAGGAGCAGGAGCAGGAGCAGGAGCAGGAGCAGGAGGUUGCUCAGACUGGGUCGCAGCGCGGUGGGGUGGUGUUGGUGCCGAGCUGGGAGAGUAGGACGCUUGUUUUGCUGCCACCCAGGAAAUCCGAAUGCGAGGCAAGAAUUUGCGUGUGUUGCGCAAUCCCAUGCUGCUGAGCUGAGCCGAGCCGAGCCGAGCCGAGCCGAGCUGGGCGGAGGGGGGGGGGACACCAGAUCUCCCCACAACACCAGAUUCAGGUACUGAGAAGUAUGGUACAAUGGGGACCAAAAGGCCCGGAUGGACCCUUCUCAACAAGCUACACAUUCAAAAUGCUGACCGCAGACAGAUCUCCAGAGAGACCAGCCCCAGACCGGGAGCCGUUGCCCAGUCCGAGCGGGAUCGGGAGAGGAACCAAGAGGAAGAACAGAGGAGAGAGCGAGAGACGGAGCGAGUGAGAGACAAACAGAGAAACGUGGCGAACAACAAGGAUCCGAGGAAGACCUACUCUGACCGAGGCCGGGGUCCCGCGCCCCGAGACAAAGCGGGAGAGAGAGAAUGGAGGGAAGUGGAAAGGAGGCAAGAGAUGGAGAGAGGGAAAAACGUCCGGCCCGUGUCGCACCUGGAGAAGGGGACUGAGACGGAGGCAGACAGGGGCAGGAAGAAAGGUGACACGUUUCCCAGAAUGACAAGAGGCGGCAAAGAGAGAGAGGGGAGAAUGGCUCCCUUUGUCGAGUCAGAGGAGGGCAGAGGGGGAAAGAAGCCGAUGGACAGGCAGAUGAGGAUAGAGAUGGACGACGGGGAGCGAGAAAGAGAGAGGGCAUGGAUAAGAGAGAGGCAAGGUGAUAGAGAGAAGCACAGCGAGAGGGAGAGAGAGGUUUUCAGGAGCAGGCCGAAGAAGGAGGGAGAGAGGAACAGCAGUAGGCCAAUGGAGGAUGGGACAAUGCAGCAGAAGGGAAGAAGGAGGGAGCCCGAUCCCGAGUUUCGGGAAAGGAGGAGAGAAAGGGUCGUGGAGAUCACUGACCAGGGGGUCAGAAGAGAGAGGGAUAAUCCCAGAGAGAGAGACAGGGAAAGAGAGAGACCGAGACCCGGCCUGGCAGAAAGGGAAGGGAGGAUGCCCUCCCCGCGCAGAAGAAGGGAGAAGGAGGCAUACUCCGACAGGGAGGACGGGGAAAAGAUGGGUAGGGAAGCUCGAAAGAGGGACACCAGAAGUGAGGGAGACUGUGAUGGGAGAAUACAAGUGGAGAGGCUGAGGGAGAGACGAAGAGAGAGAGGCGAAUUGAGGCAUCACCACAGUCGAAGCGAAGGAGACGCCAAGGAAAGAAUGGUCAGGGAAAGAGAACAAGAGAGAUGGGGGGUGGAGGAGAGGCCAAGGCAUCGAGAAAAGGACAGAGAGAGAGAGGCAGACAGACUCAGGGAGAAGGGAGGGGAGAAAGAGAGGGAGAUGUACAGGGAGAGAGACAGGCGGAAAGAGAAGGAGCGUCGGCCAGAUGUAGAGAGAUGGAUGGACGGCACAAGGGACAACAAGGGGUGCAGAGAGGAGGUCAGACACAGACCGGGUGACAGAAGGGAGGAAGAAGACCGGUACAGAGAAAGGGAGGAAGAGGGGGGAAGGCGCAGGGAGAGAAAGGAAGGAGAGACGGAUCGGAGGUGGGAGGAUGCAGCAGGCUGUGUUCGCCAGUCCCCGAGCGAGGUGCUGCGAGCUCAGAGCAGUGGCGAAUGGAGCAGCGACGUGGACAGUGAGAGGAGAUGUAGGCGGGGAGGGGGGGACAGUUACGACGAGAGGGAGUCCAGUAGAGAGAGCACCGCAGAGAGUGAGCGAGAGACGGAGGAAGAGAAACGAUGCCGGGGGGAUAACGGACGAGGCGAGAGAUCAAACCCAGAUAGAAGAGAGGAGAGAGAGCAGAGGAGGAUGUGGUUAGAACCACAGAGGGGCAAAUACAGCAAAGACUCCUCGUUAGAAGACGAAGUAACAGAAAGGGAGAGACACACCACGAGGCGAAAAGAGAGGAAACGAGGGGACGAGAGGAGGACCGAGUCAGGGACGGGUGACUGGGAGGAGGGGGGGAGGGGAGAAUGCGAGGAGCGAGAUAAGACGUACGUGAACCGAGGCGAUGCCGGGAGAGGAGGACACAGUGAAAGCGGGAGACAUGGGAGGAGGGGCGAGACAGAGGCAGAGAGAGGAAGAGAGACGGAGGGUGUCGGUGUAGACAGAGAGGAGGCGAGUAUGGCCCAAAGAAGGAGAGAUGAUGGAAGGAGAGAACAUCUGUCCGACAGCGACAGAGGGGCAGAGGGAAGCCACCUGAAGGACAGAGAGAAAGAGAAAGUGACAGAUAAUGCAGAAGAGAGCGGCAGGCAGGAAGAGGCGGGGAGCGACCAUUGCGGCUGUUCAGAGAGUGAAGGAGGAAGUGACCCGGGGUGGGAGCAAGAGAAGGACAGAAUGUGGUCGGGAGAGGACGGUUUUGUCACCGUGUCCAGUAGUGGAGAUGAUGAGGAUGAGAGGGAGGAGGAGGAAUUUGUGGACUGCAGGGAAUUCUGGGAAGGCGGCAUGCCUCAUGACUCUGACCAACCUGUCAGCUACAAGGGGUGUGAGGAAGAGAGGGAAAGGCACGAAGAGAGAAAAAUGGAUGAAGAAGAGGGAGAAAGUAGAGAGGGUCAAGGGAGGGGAAAACACUGCAAGUAUGUCUUCUGUGUCAUCGGCCAAACCCUGCCACGAUCAAAAUCUGGCCAAGUGUCAGAUUUGGGUCAGAUGGAGGGAAUUCAAACCAACGACCUGAAUUCAGGAAGUAGUCAGUAUGACUGUGGUCAGUGUGGCAAUGGUGACACCACGCAGCCACCCCAGAACGACCUGUAUCCUGUUCUGGGUGAUGAUGAUGAAUAUUCCAUCAAUGACAACCGAGAGGCAGAGACGAAAGGAGGGCGGGACGAGUACAACGUGCCGAGGGAGGCGAGAACCUACGCAGACGAGACAUCUAAAACGGAUGUCGGAUAUAGAGUCCCUUCAGACUACAAGACAACAGAGAAUGGUGACAGGGUGAAGAGCGAGGAGCAUCCUUAUGCCAAAAUAGGACCAACAAACCGAGACUCCCAGACUGAGAGACUCCUCACGGAGUGGAGGGAGAGAAACAAAGAGGACAAAGAACAGAGCGAGAAGGGACAGGAGCAACGUUCGUCAAGUCCCAUUAAUCCUUAUGGCGACGCGGGCGCUCAUGGAAACUCUGCGCCGGAUCUUGCCACCUCGGAUGGGACUGCUCCCGUCAUGAUGGCUCCAGAGGAAGAUGCCGCCAUACAGAUCCACAUGAAUGAAGCCUGGAGCGUGACGGAGGAAGCCAAGAGGCACUCCCAGCCACCCCACCUUAAAUGGGCCAAGAACGUGGUGAGAGAGAUCCUGGGACUGUGUGAGGAGAACAACGCCGAUGACCCCAACUCCGGCCCGCAGGCAGAUCGGGAAGCUGACGAGAGAGAGAGGGGGUUUGGGAAAGAGGAGCAAAACGAUGAAAAGGAGGCGAAACGCAGCACUGGAGAGAUGCCGAUCUAUGCGCAGGUGCAGAAGCAAAGAACGGUUGAUCAGAGCUAUGGGGCCGAUUUGGAUGAGGGGCAGGCAGAGCCGCUGGAGGUGGAGGAACUGAGAGGUAUGGGGCAAGACCAAGCACACAUGCAUGCUGACCAGCUCACAGCUAUGCAUGGUGACACACUCACACAUGCUCAUACAGACACGCUUCUAGCCACAGAGAGGGUGGAGGCCGGUCGCUCUCCUACAGACAAACAGACAGGCCCGCCUGGUUCCCAGGAAGCACAAACGACAGCAGAGGCAGAGGCAGAGCAAAGGAAGGCAGAUCAUGUCAGGGAGGAGUCGGGUGGCGGGGUGAAAAUGGCAGGAAUAGAUAAAAAGUCAAGCAUAGAGAAAGAGGUGGAGAUGUACCUCUCCGUGAGCAAAACGCUGUACAAACCAAACAGCUGCCCCAGCCUCAAUUACAAUCCUGAGGCUGACCUCCCCUCUGCCUCCGCUGCAGAGGUCAAGGGUCAGGAGGGGGGGGAGGAGGAGCAAACGGGUAAAAGCGAGGAGCAAGAGGAGCCUGAUGAGAAUAGUACCAGAGAGGAGGUGAAAGACAGAAGCUGGGUGGAGGCGGAUGAGGAGGGGAGCACAGAGGGAGGGGAGGUGACAGAAGAGGGAGUAGGUAGUGGCGGAGGAGGAGGAGGAGGGCUGGUGACGAGCAGCUGCAGUUUCCGAGAUUUGGGCCUCGAGGCUCGCAUAAGAAGGCGGGGGAUCCGCAUACCGACUGAGAGAAGAAAAGAAGCACUUGUAGAGGUGGAAGAAGACGAAGGUGUUGGAAGGGACCGCAGAACGAGAAUAUUCUCCUUACCAGAUGACGAAGAUGCCAGGAGCAACAGCUGGGGUGAGGUGGACCUGAGGCACGUUUUGGACACAGUGGGACGGAGGAAGAGGAGCUCAAAGUUCUUCAAUGCCGCCCAGCUCUACCAGCAGUACAGCGAGGCGGCCCAGAAUAUCGAGAUCCUGCGCCAGACGAGCUCCGACGCCCUCUCCACCUGCGACGAGCCACAGGUCCACGUUCCCGCCCACCUCCCUCCCGUCUCGCCUUCCUCCUCUCCGGCUCCCUCGCCGCUGCCUGCCCGAAGACCCCUACCCCCGCUGCCGCCGGUCCCACACCCGCACUCCCUGUCACAUACAGGCUCCAUCUCAAAUUCCUCCGCCAGCGCCAAGACCCUGCCUCUCCCCGCGCCCCCGAAGGCGGAGGGCAGGCCCUCCUCCCCGCGCCUCUCCAUCUCCCUGACCCAGUCCGCUACGCUGUGGAGGGAUCUGCCAGGCGUAAGAAGCAGUCAAGAGCUGGAGGAGCUGACGGAGGACCAGAGGCGCCUCCAGGAGGUGAGGUUUGAGGUGGUGACCUCAGAGGCGUCCUACUGCAGAAGCCUGGACAUCGUUGUGGAUCACUUUGUCAAGUCCAAACAGCUGGGGGCGCUGUUGACCACCCAGGAUAGGAAUUGGUUGUUCUCCAGGCUGGCUGACGUGCGGGCGAUCAGCCACAGUUUCCUCUCCAAGCUGGAGGAGCGGGUGGAGGUCGACAUCAUGCACUUUGCUGUGUGUGACAUCAUCGCUCGUCACUGUCAGCGCUUCAAAAUGGUUUACGUGCCCUACCUCACCAACCAGUCGUACCAGGACGCCACCUACCAGCGGCUCAUGAAUGAGAAUCCAGGAUUCCGGCGCAUCGUGGAGAAGCUGGAGAGGAGUCCCGUCUGCCAGAGACUCCCCCUCCGCUCCUUCCUGGUCCUCCCCUUCCAGAGGAUUACACGAAUCAAGCUUCUCGUCCAGAACAUCGUGAAGAGGACGGCCCCGGGUACGGAGGAGGUGGUGCAGGCCAUCAAGAGUCUGAAGCUUCUGGAAAAGCUGAUUCAGGAGAGCAACGACAGCAUUUCCCAGAUGAAGAGCAUCGAGUCCCUGGUCUCUCUCAGCGCCAAGGUGGAUUUUGAAUGCAGGACUUUACCCCUGAUCAGUCAGUCUCGGAGGCUGGUGCGUGAAGGGCCGGUGACGGAGCUCAUGGAUUUCUCCAUGAAGGAGACGGAGAGAAAUAUCUACAUCCACCUGUUCAAUGAUUACCUUCUGCUCUCGCUACACAAAGAAGGGGGGAGGUUCACUGUGAUAGACCACGCUCCCGUGUCCCAGCUGCGUGCAGAGAACUGCCGCGUCAAACUGCACUCCUUACAGAAGAACCUGUUCCGCCUCCACCUGCUGAGCAAAGCCCUGCUGCUGAGGACCGACACACAGAGUGAUAAGCUGCGCUGGAUAUCGGCCAUUUCCAGGCCUCAUCCUGAACUGGAUUUUUCUGCAGCACAAGGUAACCUGCUCACAUCAUCCACUGUUUGUAAUGUGCUGUGCAGAACGUCGGCUAAUCUGGGAUGGAUGGAAAUGAUUUUCAGAGGAUUUUAUUUCCCACAGAUGCAGUGUAUGCGGUCUUUUGUUUCCCAGCAACCAGACGAGCUCUCCUUGGAGAAAGCUGACAUCAUUCUGGUGCACCAGCAGAGCAGUGAUGGCUGGGUGGAAGGGACCAGACUGUCUGAUCGGCAUCGUGGCUGGAUGCCCGAAUCUCAUCUGGAGACCAUAACCAACUCCAGAGUCCGACAGCGCAACCUAUCUGAUGCCCUUAAGCUCACAACAGCCACGGCUGCUGUGUGAGGGGGGGGGGGGCGCAGGGGCCAGUCCUGUAUGGACGAGACAGACAGAAGACUGCUUCACAACACAGCCCACUGCUUCACGACACAGGGGUCUGGAUGGUAGUUGAGAUUCUCCACACGUGGAUUUACAUUUCUGAACUGUUGAAAUGUAUAACUGACGUGCUACAGUGAUCAAUGUCAAGGUGGUGUCUUCUCUGGGGUUUUGCUCGGUGUGGCCCUUUAAAUGACAGAGAAAACGCCUUUUGGACGUUGCGUUAAAAGGUUGUGUUGAGGUCUAAGUGGAAUACAACAACAGCCUGGAGCAGAGCCUUGUGACAGAGACGGGUGGUACCAAGACACAUUCUAUGUAAUGCUAACUGGAUCUGGGCGAUACAGCCAGCAAGCUACGUGACGUCAGACUGGGGUUUUGAGAAACAUUUUUAAAGGGAUAUUGCUUCGGUUGAGAAAUGUGACUUUUGCUAAAUGUACUAUUUGUGUAUACUGAAUAAAAUUUAAGGGUUUAAGGUGGAUUCAUGUCAAGACAAGACAGACAACAUGCCAAGUAUCCAACUUCCCACCGAUGUCUGAGAUUUCAAGAUGUACAUACUGUGACAGCACAUAACGCAUAACUGAAUGAAAUAAAGACAUGUUUGAGCAUAAG